AUGACCAAAGUUGACGCAUACAUGGAUAAGAAGGUUGCCGCGGGGAAGAACAACGGGUGCACAUUGGAGACUGCGGGCUACAUGAACUACGACCGCUACACCAAAGACCCUGUCAACUCAGCGCUCUUCAACGGAAACGCCACAUCCAUGGGCGGCAACGGUGCCCCUGACCCCAACUACAAAGGCCUGCGUACUAGCGCCGGCCUCAUGAAAUCCGGCGGCGGAGGCGGCUGCGUGACCACUGGCCCCUUCAAAGACUACAUGGCCACGGUCGGCCCCGGCGCUCCCAUGAUGCCCAACGUGCCCAAAAACCCCCUCCCCUCCGGCGGCGGCUACAAUCCCCGCUGCAUGCGCCGCGACGUCAACGCCGACGCCGCCCUCGGCGCCACCGCCGACCGUGCCCUGGCCCUGAUCCAGCAAUCGAAGGACAUCAACACCUUCUACAACACCCUGUUGACGCCUCCACGCAACGCAUCGGACCCCUACAACUGGGGCAUUCACACGGCGGGCCACUACAUCGCGGGUGGCGACCCGGGCGGUGAUCCGAUGGUGAGCCCGGGCGAUCCCAUCUUUUAUUUCCACCACGCGGCGUUGGAUAGGCUGUGGUGGAUUUGGCAGAUGCAGGAUCCGGAUACAAGGGUGAAUGCACAGGUUACGCUAGGGGGGACGAACGGUGCAAGCAGGAAGCUUGAUAUGGCGUGGUUGGCGCCGGAUGUGAUUCCGGUGUUGGAGGCGCAUGAUGGAUUGGGGGGCCAUGGAGGGGCUUUCUGUCAUGUUUAUGUUUAG